UCACACUGACCAUCCAGAAAGGCCGUCUGAUGCUGACGAUGUCGCUGCGGAGAGUGCUGAAGGAUUUAUGGCUGAUAAGGAGGACACUGAUCAUCAUUCUGACCCCAGUUGUACUGUUGCCGCUCGGUCUGCAGGUUGAAAGUCGGGAGUCACGAUGUGCAUACGGUCUAGCUAUCAUGGCGGUGUACUGGAUCACGGAGAGCCUCCCUCUGAGUGCUACAGCGCUACUUCCGGUCGUCCUAUUCCCCAUGAUGGGUGUACUUCCGGUCAAGGCAGUCUGCAGGAACUACAUGAAAGACACUUCCAUGUUUGGACUGGGCUGCCUCUCGUUCGCAAUCGCAGUGGAAGAGUGGAACCUGCACAAGCGCAUCGCCCUCAAAACACUUCUCCUCAUGGGUUCAAAUCCAAAAUGGCUGCUGGUGGGGCUUAUGCUGCCCACGUGGUUCCUGUCCAUGUGGGUGAACAACACCUCCGCCACCGCUAUGAUGAUCCCCAUCGUAGACGCCGUCCUCAUCCAACUCAGGUCGUCCAAUGACACAUCAGAUCCAGACAACGAUGAAAGCACGAUCUUGGCACUAAGCCACCCCGGCACUUCCAUCUCGGAAAGGGAAAGGCCGACACACCAGAAGUCACAGAAAAGCAUGUACGACGACGGACGAGAGAAGGACUCCCAUUCGUUCCGACGUCUCUGUAAGGGAAUGACUCUGUGUGUCGCUUACGCUGCCAACAUCGGUGGUACAGGGUCGUUGUCGGGGACGUCGCCCAACCUCAUCAUGAAGGGACAGUCAGACAUUUUGUUUGAGGAAUAUGGUUUGGAUUCGGGAGUGACGUUUACUUCCUGGAUGAUCUUCGCUCUUCCAGGCUCCGCCCUCUGCCUGAUUUGCGCUUGGCUAUGGCUUUCAUUCUUUUUCCUGGGAAAAAAAAACUGGUUCCGAUGGCGGUGUCGCAGCACAGACACUGAGAGCGAUGUACAGAGCACACUCAAACAACAGUACAAGGAGCUCGGACCUCUGUCAUUUGCAGAGAUGGGUGUUAUAGGCCAUUUUCUACUUUUGGUGCUGCUCUGGUUGUCAAGGAAACCACCAGUUGUGACAGGAUGGGGAGCUUACUUCCCGUAUGUCGGAGAUUCAGCAGCAGCCAUCCUUGUUUGUGUCUCUAUGUAUUUCUUCCCCGCUCACAGACCACGUGUAUUCGGCUUACGUAGGAAUCAGGAGGCCGUGCAGUCAGUCCCGUCCCUACUCAACUGGCCCACGGUGCAGAGGAAGUACCCCUGGGGGAUGUUGUUGCUGCUUGGAGGGGGGUUCGCACUCGCUGAUGUCUGUGAGAAAUCCGGACUGUCCCGGUGGAUCGGCGGUGAGUUGUCUGCCCUCAGCUCCCUGGAGCCGUGGCUGAUGAACCUCCUGCUCACCCUUCUCAUCGCCCUGUGUACCGAGAUCACCAGCAACGCCGCCACGGCAUCCCUCCUCCUGCCUAUCCUGGCCCAGCUGGCCAUGAACCUGUCCAUCAACCCGCUCUACCUCAUGUUCUCCUGCGCCAUCUGCACAUCCUUCGCCUUCAUGCUGCCGGUGGCGACACCACCAAACGCCAUCGUCUUCUCCAACGGCUAUCUGGAGGUCAAGGACAUGAUCCAGGCCGGCUCUGUCAUGAAUAUACUGUGUGUGGCUAUCCUCAACGUGGCUGCCAACACGUGGGGUAAAGCCUACUUCAACCUCGGCGUCAUGCCCUUAGAAUUCUCUACCAACAUCACCGCCGUCGAUGUGGUCGUCAAGAACAUAACGCUGCCGAACUGAGUGACGUUCAUCAACAGCGUGUAUUCUCCUCAAUCAGAUAAAGAUGAUAUUUG